GAUAUAUUUAUAUAUAUAUAUAUGUAUAUAUAUUCAUAUGUUAAGGUUAGUUGCACCUUUAGUGUUUAUUGUUGAUAUUUGAACUAAAUUUGAAAUGUCGAAGACUUUUCCUACUGACUGGGAUAUUGACCAAUAUAAAGAUGAUACCGACCCAGACGAACAUUGGGAACUAAGAAGAGAAUUUAUGAGAGUACAUAAGGGUAAAUUUUCUGAAGACUAUCUUGUUGCACUAGCAAAGGCUUUCACAAAUAUAGAAUUCAUGGGAUGCAGUUACCCUGCACCAUUAAUGGUUAGAGUUGCUGAACUUUCCAAGGAUGUUGCGCAAAAGUACAGAGAUAUUAAAAAGACCAAAUUGCAAAGAACGUUUGUUUCUGCCUCAGAUGCUGCUGAAAACAAAAUAAAGAGAAGGAGAACGGAUCCAGGGCCAUCAGGAACUCGAAAUAGAUAAUUUGAGUUUUCAAAAGGAGAUGCAUAAUGUUCAUUAUGUAAUUUACUGAACUAGAGCUACGGUCAUGUAUAAUUGACUACACACAAACACACCCACAAAA